AGUUAUAUCAAUUUGCGAAGUUAUGGGGGCAUUUCUUCGUUAAUUUGUCCGAUUUGCAAAAAACGUAGAAACGAGGUUUGGGAAACCCGCCAGUUUAUUGCAAAUAUAAUUUAAUGAAAGACCAAAGCCAGAAAGGUUGUUUUGUGGGAUGUUGGUCCAGCAGUGUCCAAAUGAGCGUUUUUGGGGUCGAUCGGUCUGUGUCGGGGUGGUGUUGAGUGUUGGAUUCCUCGGAAAAGCGGCGUGUUUCCGGCAGUUUAAGGGUGUUGUGCCCCCUCCGCGAGUCGUGAUAUAAAAGUGUGAGUGGCGAGAAGCGCGUGAGUUUAGUUCGACAGCUAGAACGUAGCGUAGCUGACGGGUGCUGGCGGUGUCGUCGUCGUCGAGUCCGCGGCAAUGCAAGUGCCAAGUGCAUGUGCAGCAGGUGCAUAGUGAAGUGAGUGCGCUACUGAUGCCGGCUUAGCCCCCGGCUAUGGGCGUCAACUGGGCGGCGGCAGCGGCGUGGACGUUCUUCUACCUGGUGCAGGUGCGCUCCGCCGAGCGGGGCCUCAGCCUCUUCCGCGACCUGGGCCUUAGCGCGGCUCCGGACGUCGCCAAGAUCAACAUCAGCCACGACGAAUACACCAAGAUGAUGACUCUCUAUCUCGAUACGAGACAACAACACCAUUUCGCCAUUCCCGACCUGCUCACAUUCUACCCCGUGAAGAGGGACUGGUGGCCGCGUCUGAAGUUUCCCAUGCGCCCCCAGCGUGUGGAGGUGGAAGGCGCCCAACUCCACGUCCUUGCCCCCGCAACGGGCAACCAAACGUCCCUCCGCGUCCAAGUGACUCAAAUUCUGAGUGCGCGACGUCGUCGCGUUAUCGAAGAAAAACUGAUCCACCUGUCGCCAACUCUGCCAAAAUGGUGCGAAUUCGAAGUGACAAGUGCAGUGCAAUCUUGGCUGAACGGCGAGAGGAACCUAGGUUUAGAGUUAGUUUGCCCCGAGUGUAGAAAUAACUACUUGAAGCCGCUGCAAGCCGCUGUUAGUGCUUUAGUGCACCCCGAACACAGACGCUCAAAACGCGCAUCCCCUUACCAGUCCCUGCGUCGGACGGACUGCAGGAAGCUGCGGAAGGGGGCCCGGAGGGUCUGCUGCCGGCACGACAUGGAAGUGACCUUCUCCAAGCUGCGGUUCAUCGAAAUGGGGUCCAUUGUGCAGCCCAAGUCCUAUGACGCGGGGUUCUGCCAGGGACAGUGCCCCCCUAACUUCAACUACGCAACCAACCACUCCCGGAUACAGAGUCUCCUGCACCAGAUGGAGUGGAAGACAGGGAAGAGGAACCGCAGGGCGGUCCCCAAGGCCUGCUGCGCCCCCUCGAAGCUGGAGCCCCUCGAAAUACUGAGGGUUAACCCCAGCGACACCACGAAACUUAUCGUGGAGAAAUGGGAUAAUAUGCAAGUGGUAGAAUGCGCGUGUUCCUAGUACAGACAAUGCCAAAGACAUUUAGGAAAAAUUUACGGGUCAAUUUAGCAUUUCUGCAUCAAUUAUCAACUCUUAAGUUACUGUGAUAUUAAUUGUAUUCUAUUUAUCGAUCAUCUCUCAGUUAUUUAUAAUUUCUCAUCUAAAGUAGCCUAAAAGUAUUAUUUUAACUCAUCUUUUUAUAUUUAAUUUAAUGUUAAUGUAUUGAUGUACUGAUGAGUGAUGACGUUUACCAGUUUUGCA